AUGUCUAAUGUUAACUUUGUAACUUCAUUGAGUGAAUUUCAAGAAUUAAUUCAAACUGAGAAUUUAACAAUUACAAACUUCCAUGCAGAUUGGUGUGGACCAUGUAAAGCCAUAGCACCUAUUUUCGAAAGAUUAUCCGAAGAAUUCACAGAAGUUCAAUUUUUAAAAGUUGAUAGUGAUGAUUCAGAAGAUAUAACUCAAGAAUAUCAUCUAACUUCAGUGCCAGCUUUUAUUUUAUUUAAGAAUGGUGAAAAAAUUAGUUUCCUUGGAGGUGCCAAUCCUCCAGCUAUGAGAAAACUGAUUGAAGAACAUCAAUAA